AGGCUCUGCACUGACGUCACAAUGACACCGUGAAGCCAAAGACAGGAGCUGAGAACGGUUCUUCUGCUUCACUUUUGACAAUCAAGUGAAUUUGUUGUCGAUCCAUUCCUUCCAGCAUGGCUAAGAGCGCAGAAGUGAAGCUGGCGAUCUUUGGUCGAGCUGGCGUGGGCAAGUCAGCUCUCGUUGUACGCUUCCUGACCAAACGGUUCAUCUGGGAGUAUGACCCAACACUAGAGUCUACAUAUCGUCACCAAGCUACCAUUGAUGAUGAAGUGGUUUCCAUGGAGAUACUAGAUACAGCUGGUCAGGAGGAUGCUAUUCAGAAAGAAGGACAUGUGCGAUGGGGUGAAGGCUUUGUGCUGGUUUACGACAUCACGGACAGAGUCAGCUUUGAGGAAGUGCUGCCACUUAAGAACUUGUUGGAUGAAGUUAAAAAACCAAAAAAUGUCACCCUGAUCCUGGUGGGGAACAAAGCAGACUUGGAUCACUCCAGGCAGGUCAGCACAGAGGAAGGUGAAAAGCUGGCAACAGAACUAGCAUGUGCUUUUUAUGAGUGCUCUGCUUGCACAGGAGAGGGAAACAUUAUGGAGGCCUUCUAUGAGCUCUGUCGUGAGGUGCGGCGUCGAAAGAUGGUCCAGGGCAAGACUCGGAGACGAAGCUCCACCACCCACGUCAAGCAGGCAAUUAAUAAGAUGCUUACCAAAAUAAGCAGCUAAAAGAGCUGCACUAAGCUAGAGAAGCAUUUUAGAGCAUAUUAGCUUGGAGUAGGGACAAGGCAGGCAGAGCACAUUUAAUUAAAAAUGGUCAAAGCUUUGCAAUUAAAAAUAAAUAGAAAAGACAAACCACACCACUCUUUUUUUGAGUAACACAAGGUCAGACCUUUUUCCUGUUUUGAAAUGUAUUCAGCCACACUGUUUCUGGCUAACAUG